CCAAAAGAAAACUAAGCUUAUAUAUAAAUAGGUGAAAUUGCAAAGAGGACGCACCUCUACCCAAAAUCAGAAAGCCAACCUGAAAAAACACUACAAGAACAAAGGAGAUACUAUACGUUAAAGAAUAAUGGGGAGAGGAAAGAUAGAAGUGAAGAGAAUAGAGAACAAAACAAGCAGGCAAGUCACAUUUUCAAAACGAAGAGCUGGUCUUCUCAAGAAAACUCAUGAACUCUCUGUUCUUUGUGAUGCUCAAAUUGGACUUAUCAUCUUCUCCACCAAAGGCAAAUUAUUUGAGUACAGCAGUCAACCUCACAGCAUGAGCGAGAUUAUUAGUAGGUAUCUCCAAACCACAGGUGCCUCAAUUCCGGUUCAAGAUAAUAGGGUUGAACUCUAUGAUGAAAUUACCAAAAUGAAGAGGGAUACACUUAACCUUCAGUUGAGCCUUCAAAAAUACAAAGGCGAUGACUUGAGCUCAGCACAGUAUGAAGAACUGAAUGAACUUGAGAAGCAGCUCGAAUUCGCAGUUAACAAGGUCAGAGCUAGAAAGCACGAGCUCAUGCUGCAGCAGAUGGAAAAUCUGAGGAGAACGGAGAAAAUGCUGGAGAAGGACAAUCAAGAAAUGUACCAGUGGUUGAUGAGCAAUCAAAUGUACAAGCAACAGUCAGCAGGAAUGGAGCAUAAUGAUGAUGAUCAAAAUGAAGAAGCAAUUACUGAACUGAAUCUAAUGGGAGAGCAGCCACUGUUGUCUCAGUUUUCAUUCUUUGGUGAAGAGCAAGUACAACCCAGCAGCAGUAAUGUACUUCAACUUGCUGCAGCUAGUACUAGUACUUCUGCCUAUCGCCUUCAGUCUUCCCACCCUAAUCUUCAAGACUCUGAUCUUCCUGGUUGUAACUAUGCUCACUUAAAAGAUUGAUCAUGCUUUAAUUGUUACGAGGAGCUCCAAUUGUUAGGAAUGAAGCUGGCCAGUGAAAUUCCUAGUGGAUAAUUCUACAUUUUCCUUUUGGCAUAUUUGGGAAACAUACUUUAUUUAAUUAUUAUGCAACUAAUUAAGGACCUAUUGAUUGUACUCAGAAUUAAUCUCUACUUAUGCGUGUACGUAUAGUGAUUUGUUGGCUUAGAAUAGGAACCGAGAAUGCUUAUAUAUGAUCCUAUAGAAGAUUUACUA